AUGGUGGUAACCGACGAAACUAAAAUCAAUGAAGAUUCCAACUACGACCGGCAAAAGGAAUUGAAAGCAUCCGCUGAUUUAAAAGCCGGCGUCAAAGGUCUGUUCGAUGCCGGAAUCACCAAAGUCCCUCGUAUGUUCAUCGCGACGCCUAUCUCAACAAGCAGCCCGACGACUACCGAGAAAACCCAGUUCAGAAUUUUGGUCAUUGAUCGAAAAGGGAUCAGAGAUAACCCGUUGCGGCACAACGAGACUGUCGAGGACGUCAGGCAUGCAUCGGAAACAUGGGUUUUUUUUCAGGUCGUCAACCAUGGGAUACCUUUAAGCGUUCUCGAAGAGAUGAAACAUGGAGUUCGAAGAUUUCAUGAGCUCGAUAUGAAGGAGAAGAAAGCGUAUUACACCAAAGAUACGGUCAUGAAGUUCAGUCACUGA